AUGUCUCCCGAUUAUGUCUCCCGAGAUAACAAGUACCGGAGUGGCUCAGAUUUCUUCGACGACGAUAGGGAGCAAGACGGGGAGGAAGACGAAGACAGGGAGGAGGAUGAAUAUGCGGAGGAGGAUGAAUAUGCGGAGGAGGAUGAAUAUGCGGAGGAGGAUGAAUAUGCGGAGGAGGAUGAAUAUGCGGAGGAGGAUGAAUAUGCGGAGGAGAACCAAGACACGGAGGAGGAUUGGUUCGCGAAACAAGACGCCUAUACACGCAUGUUUAAGCUGCCGGCCCCGCCGCGGCAGUGGAUCGGUGAGUCUAUCAACUACCUCAACGAUAUUCCAAAUCUUACCGUCGUUAAUACAAGAGACUUCAACCUGGCCCUCGCAAAGGAAAGGAACGAGGGCCUCUGA